AUGGCAGGCCGCCGGUGGGCCGCGACGUCAGCCCUGUGCACCUGCGUGGCGGCCGUCUCCCUCCUGUACGUGGGGAAGGCGCAGGCGGACUGCUGGCUGAUCGAGGGCGAGAAGGGCUUUGUGUGGCUCGCCAUCUGCAGCCAGAACCAGCCGCCGUACGAGUCCAUCCCGCAGCAGAUCAACAGCACCAUCCUGGACCUGAGGCUGAACGACAACAAGAUCAAGAGCGUGCAGUUCUCCUCCCUCAGCCGCUUCAGUAAUCUCACAUACCUCAACCUGACCAAGAACGAGAUCUCAUACGUCGAGGACGGUGCCUUCUCCGGCCAGUACAACUUGCAAGUGCUGCAGCUCGGCUACAACCGCCUGAGGAACCUGACGGAGGGGAUCCUGCGGGGGCUGGGGAAGCUGGAGUACCUCUACCUCCAGGCCAACCUCAUCGAGACCGUCACCCCCAAUGCCUUCGGGGAGUGCCUCAACAUCGUGAACAUUGACCUGUCGAUGAACAGAAUCCAGAGGUUGGACAGCAGCACCUUCCGGGGCCUGGCCAAGCUGUCUGUCUGCGAACUCUACAGCAACCCCUUCUACUGCUCCUGCGAGCUCUUGGGCUUCCUCCAGUGGCUCGAGGGCUUCACCAACAUGACCCGCACCUACGACCGCAUGCAGUGUGACUCGCCGCCAGACUACUCUGGCUACUACCUUCUGGGCCAAGGCCGGAGCGGGUACCGCAAUGCCCUGGGCAUGCUGUCCUCCCUCUGCACCGGGGGCCCCUACACCAUGCCGCCUUACUUGAUCCCGCUGAAGAACCCGGUGACCACCGCUCCGCCCGAGAGCCCGUGCCCCGAGGAGGAGUGCUUCUCUGGGGACGGCACCACGCCCCAGGCCUCGCUGCACACCCCCGUGAUCGACCCGGGCCUGUUCCCCACCAUGAAAGUGAAGCAGCUGACCCACAACUCGGCCAUCCUGAGCGUGCAGAUCCCGGUGCCCUUCAGCAAGAUGUACACCCUGGCGCAGUUUGAGAAUGGCCGCUACAACGUCCUCACCAAGCUGCUGAAGAAGAAGGAGGACAUCACGCUGACGGACCUGGGCCCCAAUGAAGACUACACCUACUGCGUGAUGUCUUCCAACCGCGUCUCCAGGUACAACUACACCUGCCUCACCAUCAACCUCAACAAGCAUAACCGGGAGGAGCCGGUGCCGAGCCCUUCGACGGCCACUCACUACAUCAUGACGAUCCUGGGCUGCCUGUUUGGGAUGGUGAUUGUCCUUGGGGUGGUGUACUACUGCCUCCGGAAGAGGCGGCAGCAGGAGGAGAAGCACAAGAAGGCUGCCAUCAACAUGAAGAAGACAAUCAUCGAGCUGAAGUACGGGCCGGAGAUGGAGGCGACCAGCAUCUCCCAGCUGUCCCAAGGGCAGAUGCUGGGCGGCGAGACGAUGACCCGCAUCCCCUACCUCCCUUCCAUGGGGGAAGUUGAGCAGUACAAGCUGAUCGACAGCAAAGAGACCCCCAAGGCCACGAAGGGAAACUACAUGGAGGUGCGGACGGGCGAGCAGCCCGAGAGGAGGGACUGUGAGCUGCCCCUGCAGCCAGACAGCCAGAGCUCGGUGGCGGAGAUCUCCACCAUCACGAAGGAGGUGGACAAGGUCAACCAGAUCAUCAACAACUGCAUCGAUGCCUUGAAAUCAGAGUCCACCUCCUUCCAGGGGGUGAAGUCGGGGGCGGUGUCCACAGCCGAGCCUCAGCUGGUGCUCCUGUCCGAACAGAUCCCCAGCAAACACAGCUUCCUGGCUCCGGUCUACAAGGAGAGCUACAACCACCCUCUGCAGAGGCACCACAGCAUGGAGGGGCCCCCGAAGCGCUCCAGCACCUCUUCCAGCGGCUCCAUCCGGAGCCCCCGAUCCUUCCGCUCCGAGGGCUCCGCCCACAAAUCCGAAGCCAAAUAUAUCGAGAAGACGUCUCCAACCACAGACACCAUCCUCACUGUGACGCCGGCGGCCGCCAUCUUGCGCGCCGAGGCCGAGAAGAUCCGCCAGUACAGCGAGCACCGGCACUCGUACCCAGGGUCCCACCAGGGGGAGCAGCAGCACGAGAGUGUGGGCGGGCGCAAGCCUUCCAUCUUGGAACCUUUGACCAGGCCCCGGCCCAGGGACUUGGCUUACUCUCAGCUCUCCCCCCAGUACCACAACCUGAGCUACACCUCCAGUCCAGAGUACACCUGCAAGCCUUCCCACAGCAUCUGGGAGCGCUUCAAACUGAACCGCAAGCGCCACAAAGACGAGGAGGAGUACAUGGCGGCCGGCCACGCCCUCCGCAAAAAGGUCCAGUUUGCCAAAGACGAGGACCUGCACGACAUCUUAGACUACUGGAAAGGGGUGUCUGCCCAGCACAAGUCCUGAGUCCUCAAAACUUGUAACUCGUGACUUAAUACUGGACCAAAACAAAACAAAACAAACGAAAUCAGCAGCAGCUAUUUUUAAUCCAGACUUGUCUUUAAACACACACACAAAUAAAUAACUUAUCUAUAAUUAUUCUAUAUAAUGUAACAGAGAGAGAGAGAGAGGUAUUAAAAUAUUGUCUCGCAUUUGUGAAAUCCACACCAAAUUUGAAAAGAGAACGGGAGGGGAACACCUACCAUGAUGAAAAAGUAAUAGGUAAAUGGUGGAGUGGGGGGGGAAAUGUUUUCUUUUUAUAAAAAAAGCAGAAAAAUUGAAUUAAAAAAAAA